CAGCCGUGUUGGUUGACACUGGUUCUGUCAGUGGACUGUUUGUGUUUAUGAAGACCCCCCCCUCAGCUGGCUCAUACAGAUGUCCGACCCCCCGACAGAGGAGCUGGUGCAGCAGUGGGAGAGUGAACAGCAGCGUCUGCGGCAGCAGGUGGUGGAGGAGGACACCGAGGCCUGGCAGAGGAGUCCACACCUGUCAGGUCUGGAGCGAGUGGGUGGAGUGGACCUGUCCUUCAUCAAAGGGGACCACGUCAACGCGUGUGCCCAGCUGGUGGUCCUCAGCUACCCCCACCUGGAGGUUCUGUAUGAGGACAGUCAGAUGGUGAAGCUGACGGCUCCGUACGUAUCCGGCUUCCUGGCCUUCAGAGAAACCCCCUUCCUCCUGGAGGCUCUGCAAAGACUGGAAAAAAAGGAGCCUUCACUUAUGCCUCAGGUGGUGUUUGUUGAUGGCAACGGCGUCUUCCACCACAGGGAGUUCGGCCUAGCGUGUCAUCUAGGAGUGUUAUCAGGGCUGCCCUGUGUGGGCGUGGCUAAGAACCUGCUGCAGGUGGACGGCGUGUUCAACGAGGAGCACCAGUCCCAGAUCGCAGCUCUGCAGACAGGAGGAGACAGCUUCCCACUCACUGCCACCUCAGGCAAAGUGCUGGGGAAGGCUUUACGCAGCUCCGUCAAAAGUUUUAAACCAGUGUAUGUGUCGGUCGGCCACAAGAUCAGCCUGGACACAGCUGUUCGCCUCACACACUCCUGCUGCCGCUACAGAGUACCUGAGCCCAUCAGACAGGCUGACUGUCGCUCCAGAGAAUAUCUUCGUGUUCACUUCCCAGCUGCAGAUGUGUGAAACUAAACAAUGAGAUUGCAAAUGCAAUGCAGUGAUAACAGCUUCUCAAAAGACUCCUUCAAACCCCUGUGGGAAAGUGAGAAUUUGAGGAUCAGACAGCGACAAAGUGCUGCACCUACGUGCCGUUUUCAAAAUGCAGCUGUUUUAGUCUUUUGGCAGGAAAACCAUGAGUUUAACUGUAUCUUUUUAUGCACUCGCCCCAUAUUUAAACUGGAUGUGGGUCAGACUGGCUCUUUUUAUAAACUGUUCUCAUUACACUUUUGGGUCACUCACCUUUUUACACUGGGAGCCUUUUAAAUAAAUCAUAAAACAUU